UCCGCGUGUCUCCCCGCGUGUGCCCCUGCCCUUAUAUGGCCGGCCGGGGAGCCGCCGCGGAGCAAGCGGGCUCUCCUGGGGGUGGUGCUGAACGAACAGCUCCCCGCGGCGCCCGCCCACCCCGCGCCAGUCGGCGGCGAGCGCAGCCCGGGCCCCAGCGCCGCUGCUCGCGGGGUGCCUCGGCGCAGCCAUGACCCAGGCCAGCCCCGCUCCAGCCGCCGCCGGAUCCUCGCCCUCCGCCCGGGCAGCCCCGCCGGCCGCCCGCCGCGCCCCGGCCGCACCAUGAAGCGGCAGAACGUGCGGACCUUGGCCCUCAUCAUCUGCACCUUCACCUACCUGCUGGUGGGCGCCGCCGUCUUCGACGCCCUGGAGUCGGAGGGGGAGACCUCGGAGCGGCGGCGGCUGGAGGAGAAGCAGCUGGAGCUGAGGGGCAAAUACAACCUGAGCAGCGACGGGUACAAGGAGCUGGAGUGGGUGGUGCUCAAGCUCAAGCCCCACAAGGCCGGCGUGCAGUGGAAGUUCGCCGGCUCCUUCUACUUCGCCAUCACCGUCAUCACCACCAUCGGGUACGGCCAUGCGGCCCCAAGCACAGAUGGUGGGAAAGUCUUCUGCAUGUUCUACGCCCUGCUGGGGAUCCCACUCACACUCGUCAUGUUCCAGAGCUUGGGUGAGAGGAUCAACACCUUCGUCAAAUACCUUCUGCACCGCAUCAAGAAGUGCCUUGGCAUGAGACGGACGGAGGUGUCCAUGGCCAACAUGGUCACCAUUGGGUUCUUCUCCUGCAUCAGCACCCUGUGCAUUGGGGCCGCGGCAUUUUCCUACUACGAGCACUGGAGCUUCUUCCACGCCUACUACUAUUGUUUCAUCACCCUCACCACCAUCGGCUUCGGGGACUACGUGGCACUCCAGAAGGAUGAGGCGCUGCAGACCAAACCCCAGUAUGUGGCCUUCAGCUUCGUCUACAUCCUGACGGGGCUGACCGUCAUCGGGGCCUUCCUCAAUCUGGUGGUGCUGCGCUUCAUGACCAUGAAUGCCGAGGACGAGAAGCGGGAUGCCGAGCACCGAGCACUGCUCACGCACAACGGGCAGGCCAGCAGCGUGCACACCACGGACACCACCUCGUCCACCACGGCGGUGGGAGGGGGCGGCGGGGGAGGGGGCGGGGGCGGAUUCCGCAACGUCUACGCGGAGGUGCUCCACUUCCAGUCCAUGUGCUCGUGUCUGUGGUACAAGAGCCAGGAGAAGCUGCAGUACUCCAUCCCUAUGAUCAUCCCCAGGGACCUGUCCACCUCGGACACGUGCGUGGAGCAGAGCCACUCCUCGCCUAGCCGCUACCCCGACACCCCCUCCAACAGAUGCUUCUGCAAUGCCCAGCGCUCGGCCAUCAGCUCUGUCUCCACGGGACUCCACAGCCUCUCGGCCUUGCAGGGACUCAUGAAGCGCCGCAGCUCUGUGUAACUCCCCCCCACCCCCACCAUGCACACACAACACUGAGGACUCUUCGUUUUUAAUAUAGAGAGGAAACUUAUGGAGACCAGCAAAACCAGGUGAAGGAAAGCCUUCAGAUUUUAUUCAGAUUCAACAGACCGAUUCCAAAAGGGACAGCCCGAGAGACGGGGAGUACGUUGGCUGCACAAAUGUGUGUGCAGACGAGUGUAUCUGUGUGUGAGCAUAUGGACGUAUAGAUACAGAUGUAUACACAUGUGGAAGCUGGUAAGCUGUCUCUAAUGCUCCUUUCAUUGAGAAACUCUUUUGCAUCAUUUUGCAACAACUCCAUGAAAUGUGAAACUUGAAGCGAAUACACGGAUAGCUUUUGAAACAGGCGACGGAGGGGUGUGCAUCGGAACGGCUCUGGUACAGACAGAUCCCGUCUAUGUUUGCAUCUCUUUAUUUAUACCUCUCUGAACUGACAGGUGGACCUAGUGUCCUCUUAGCACAUCUCCCUGCCCACACCCUGCCCUAGAUAAAUACCUGGGCUAUGCACCCCGCUGCAUUUCUAAUUUCACCCCACGCUGUCCCGGUGAGCCAGGCAUGCCGGUAUGUCAUACACUUUGGGGGUAGCUUUGCAGCUGCAAUGGAGGUUAAGAGAAAGUAGACGUGUAUGUGUGUUUGUGCACACUCCCAACUUUGUACCUUUCAUGCAGGUCGGUCAGUUGCACACACACAAAAUAUUCCCAGCCAAAGAAGCAAGUAGGGGUCUUGGACAGGGGCUUUCUUCCUGUUUCUAUCUCCUCCUCCCCAGGAUCUUUGCUGUGUUUCUCUAAAAGAUGCACUGCCAGUUUCCCAGCAUCUGCCGCAUACCGGCUCAUGAAGUGGCCACGCAAUCAUGUCUGCCUCUUAACAUCACGCCAUGGCCUCGGCGCUGGCGGCAUUGUUGUUACAUGACGUGACAUCAAUGGCGUUAUGACAUGACGCCCAACAUAAUCCUUCGGUAAUCCCAUGGGCUGGUCUCAAAUCCCAUGCGACUUGCGGGGAAGUCUGGCACCAUCAGUCUGCACCAGGGACGAGUCUCUGCUCUUAGGCCAUCUGGAAAGGAUUGUAUGUUUUCUACUGGGGGAUCAAAGCCAGAGGUGAUAUAAACACUGGUAUCAUUGACACAUUGAUAAGGCAGAGUGGGUCAUAACUUUCACACCAUAGGGGGAGACUUAGUCAAUUCUAUGUCUCUGACUAGAAUGGUGCCACCCUUGCUGACACCCUUUCCACCCUAUCCGCGGGUAAGUUACAUCAAGUUACUCCCACUUCUUGAUGGUUCCCACCUCUGACUUUCGGAUCUAAGAGCAUUAAUAGCCACGGCCCGUCUGCUCAUUCCUCCUCCAACAUUAGUUCCUGUCCCCUCGACAUCAUUUGCUAGCAUCGGUUCAGAAAAAAAAGGGGGGGGGGAUUCCAGGCAACAAAGCAUCCUGGUAAAAGUCGUGGCUGCAUCACCGAGCAAAUCAGGCUAAGAGGGUCUUAGGCAGAAGCUAUUUAUAUUCCUGUGCACAUGAUCCUGCCACCGUGUCUGAGAAAACAAGCUGGGUGUCACGUAGCUGGUUCUCUGAUUCAGGCAAGACUGGGAUGGCAAUCAGAUCUGGGCCAGGAGGGGUCCUUUUUUAACUGUUUCUUAUUCACCAAACUGCAGGUUUGUGGCUUUGUAUAUAUCGCAGCUGAGAGGUGGUUGAAAGCUACAACAAUCCUUGAAGAUGAGGAGAUAGGCACCUCCUCUUGCAUUUGGGCCAGCACCCCCUAAACCAAACCAGUGUAUCCAUCCAUGUCAGGAAAGCGUAGCGACCCCCCCUAGACAGUGCAAGACAAGCCUGGGAAAUAAAAGCGACUGACCCUUCCUGUUUAUUAUUUAAUAUAACCCUGUUGUGUUCUGAAGAAGGGUGUGGCUGCUCCGUCGCUGAUAGUGUCUAGGUCUCUUCCGUGGUAAGCAAUAAUGAAAUGGGAGUGGGUGUUAUGGCCAAGUUUCCAACCCCCCUCCUCGAUAGCUGUAUUAGCUCUGCUGGGCUCAUGGGAAUAAAACAUAUAUUUGCCGCCAUCUACCGCAGAUAGGACUCCGGUGGAGCAAAUCUGAUGGGUAAAAAGGGGUUGUUUUUACAUAGCUAUGCUCCUUUUCAUGACCACAACUGCACUUUCAUACAAACUCUGAGCAAGGGAUCUGCAGGUAAGAUCUGCUGCUACUUUGUGGCUGGCAGGGAAGAGUUGGGACUUGAGUGGAUGAGGCUACUGUAUUGCACAACCAUCCCACAGAGGGUGGCCACUUCCCCUUUUCUCCUCCCAUCCAGGGAGUACCUCCCCAGUGCCUUUUUCGGUACAUCGCCUCUCGCUAUGCAACUGGUGUGGGGAAGCAGCUGCUGCUGGAGUGAGGCAGGGACAGGCAGGGCUCUGCUAACUCGGGGCGCCCUAUGGCAUGGGGUGCCUUUCUUUCCCUCUCACAAGAAGAAAAGUCGAUCAUAAAUUCUGAACCUAGAUCAUUUCUUCAGUUCAGUUGCCAAUCUCCUGCUCAGCUUUUGUCCCUGUUGCUCCGUCCGUCAGUGGCAAUGCGAGACGUUCUGGGUAGGGAGGACCACAAUGGACAAAUGUAGCACAGGGCAGGUGAGGUGGGAACCAUCCCAAACACGACCCCAAGAUCUGAUCCCCCCCAACAGGUGGAAGGCUCCCUCCAAGUGCCAAGGAGGGCGAUGGGCGGGGUGGAGAGGGAGGACUGCUUUGGUUACUGCCCGUCUGCUGUGGCUAAGGGGUUAAUGAAAGACACCCUGGCUUUGGGGAUAAGCUGCCUGCCCUCCCCUUUGGCAGGUUCGCCGGCCCUUGCCUCUCCUUUCGGCACUCUGAUCUCGAUCCCAUCGUCAGCAUAACCCAGGGGAGAUCUUAGCCUCAGGUGUAGCCGCUGCUGGGCUGGAGAGAGCUCAGUGCAGGCAGGGGAGAGAAUCAUAAUGUUCAGUCGUUCCCAGGGACAGAGUCUGGCAUGGGAUCAAAGGCCCCUGGCGGGACAGGAAGCUGUGGGGAUGCCAGGAGCAGCCCGCAGCCUCACCCAGGAUUUACCACCCUCCUGCACAUCUCAAAGCCAGGGGGGGGCUGCGGUGACACCUUUCCCCUCCCAGUGAGCCGAGGACUUAAUGAGGCAGCAGUAAAGACGGCUGGGCCCCAAAUUUGACCUGCCUUUCCCCCUUCCCCUGAUUUGUUUCUCUCUUUGCAUGUUUCUUCCCGCUGAGGAUCUCAAAGAGCUUCACAGAUGUUAAUGGGCUGAGCCUGCCAGCCCCACUCCGGGGUGGGGACGGGUCAUUUGCCCCGUUCGACCCAAGGGAAACGCGAGGGGGCAGAGCGAGGUUAUGUGACUUGCCCAAGGCUGCAGGGGAGGUCAAGUAACAAUGUGGAAACAUAUCCCAGCAGGUCUGAACAGCUGGUUCCCUGCCUGACCGUGGCUCAGCACCCAUCAUGGGCCCUCGGCACACAGAGCACCCAUUAACAUCUCUGUGUCAUCUGAGGCUGGCUCAGGGACGGAGGGAAGGUGGCUCAGGCUCUCCCAGUCCUGGGGCAGUCGUGGCCCCCAGUGCAAGCUGGGACAGCCCUGAAAGUGUGCUACCCUGUGCCCCUCCCUCAGUGGCUCCUAUCGGUCACAAAAUACCCACGACAUAAGAAUCCCCAGGCCAAACCUCCACUUGCAUUUGUCUGCUCCCCACCCCUGACAUGCUCCUAUCCUGGGGCUCCCAUGGAGGUGGUGUAGAGAUGGUGGAACCGGCUCUGCAUUGGGCACGUGGAGACCACUGCAUGGGGGAAUUCCCUGGGAGGCAGUUCGCCCCUGGCCUCCAGCCCCUUUGUGCCAAGCCAGCUGUUGGGCAGGUGUGACUGCAGCCUCCAGGGUGCUGAGAACAUGCAGGUCCCAUGGCUCCUUUUGCCAGAUCCAGGGAAUUCCUUCUUCCAGUUCCGUUGCUCAGCUUUUCCCGAAUGAAAACUGUGAAAUAGACGCAUCAAAUGAGGAGAAAGCCUUGGCUCCAGACAGGCCAUUUUUGAUAUGUCACACAAAUGAGAAACUUUAUUUUCCUCAAUAAAAAAUAAUAAGGUUGCACAAUACAAACGAUCCCCCCUCCCGCCCCUGCCCGAGUUAGGGGAGAGAGAUAGCCCACGAGAUUCAUUUCAAACGCAGCCAAAUAAUAUGUCCCCAAAAGUUCCAGGGUGAAAUCGUGGCCCUCCCUGACAUCAGUAGGCUUUUUGCCAUUGAUUUCAAUGAUGCCAGCAUUUCACCCCACAUUGGGCCAGUAUUCAUAUCUUCUUCUUCGACACAGAUGCUUCCACUGAGAUUUCAUCUCUGGGUUUGUCUGUUUGUCCCAUGUACAGCAGCACAGAAGGCCAAAAACAAAACCAAUUCCCCAAGUCAUAAUCAAGGGGAGAAAGGCAAAGAGAAAUCUGUCUCAGUUCUCUGCCGGGCGCUGCCCAAAUGCACUGCUGCAUCACAGAGACUUCUCUGUCCAGAACGUGCAUUAAAGAGCUAGCAAGCCACGCUUCUGUGCACUUGCUAAACUAAAAUUGACAACAAGCAGUCAAGUCCUAGCAACCUACAUUAGCAAACAGGUGUGCACAGCCCAGCACUCCUGUGCAACUCCAGUCUAAACAAGUGUGUAGGGCCCAGUGCUCAGGAGCAACCCUGCAAUAACAAUCCAUAAGGAGAGGGAAACAAUCCUGAAAGAAAACAGGCUUCUGUUUCAUGUUCCCUGUGCCAAUGCAUUAUCCAUGCAUCCUGCUGCAGAGAAAAGGCAGGGGGAGAUACCAAGUCCACAGCUGGACCAGAAGUGCGCAGAGUUGAGGGUGGAUUUAGACCUGAGGGGUUGGUUCAUCCCAUUCUAAACUUAGAGUUCAAGCACAAAGUUCAGACCCAGAUCUCAGGGCUAUUAGGAUCCCAGGUUUUGGUCCAACUUAUUAGCAAUGGGGUGGCCUUUCGGGGUAUGUCUAUACUGCAAUGUAAGCCCAUACUUGAGCCCUGGCUCCAGGCUAACCCCCUUUGGGUCUACACUGCAACUGUGCUACCCAGGGCUCGGACCCCAGGGCAUGGCAGCUCCCAACAAAUGCAGAUAAGGUCAGCUUGUAGGUAUGAAUGUAUGGGCUGGCCCUAGGGUAAACAGAGAUCAUCUAUCAGAGGGGUAGCCGUGUUAGUCUGGAUCUGUAAAAGCGGCAAAGAGUCCUGUGGCACCUUAUAGACUAACAGACGUAUUGGAGCAUGAGCUUUCCUGGGUGAUACCCACUUCGUCAGAUGACUGUAGUGGAAAUUUCCAGAGGCAGGGAUAAAUAUGCAGGCAAGAAUCAGGCUUGGGAUAACGAGGUUAGUUCAAUCAGGGAGGUUGAGGCCCUCUUCUAGCAGUGGAGGUGUGAACACAAGGGAGGAGAAACUGUUUGUGUAGUUGGCGAGCCAGUCACAGUCUUUGUUU